GUCUGGCACCGAAGAAGGCAGCCAUCACAGAGGGACCAUCACUACCAGGACAGCCUGGCCAAGCAAAGAAGAUAGGUCAUCGAGGCGUUGAUGCUUCUGGUGAAACCACCUACAAAAAGACCACCUCAUCCACUCUGAAGGGGGCCAUCCAGCUAGGGAUUGGAUAUACCGUUGGCAAUCUGAGCUCCAAGCCAGAGAGAGAUGUCCUGAUGCAGGACUUCUACGUGGUGGAGAGCAUUUUUUUCCCAAGCGAAGGCAGUAAUCUCACCCCGGCUCACCAUUAUGCUGACUUCAGGUUCAAGACCUAUGCACCAGUGGCUUUUCGAUACUUCCGAGAACUCUUUGGGAUUCGUCCAGAUGAUUAUUUGUAUUCAUUAUGUAAUGAGCCUCUGAUAGAGCUGUCGAACCCUGGUGCCAGCGGCUCCCUCUUCUAUGUCACCAGCGACGAUGAAUUCAUCAUAAAAACUGUGAUGCACAAGGAAGCUGAAUUCCUACAGAAGCUCCUUCCUGGCUACUACAUGAAUCUGAACCAGAACCCACGGACACUGCUGCCGAAGUUUUAUGGACUGUACUGUGUGCAAUCAGGAGGCAAAAACAUCCGCGUGGUCGUGAUGAACAACAUUCUGCCUCGCGUGGUGAAAAUGCACCUGAAAUUUGACCUGAAAGGCUCAACCUAUAAACGCCGGGCAUCCAAGAAGGAAAAAGAAAAGUCCAGCCCUACAUACAAGGAUCUAGACUUCAUACAAGACAUGCCCGAGGGCCUGAUGUUGGAUGCAGACACCUUCAGUGCAUUGGUGAAAACGUUGCAACGAGACUGUCUGGUGUUGGAAAGUUUUAAAAUCAUGGACUACAGCCUCCUGCUUGGGGUUCAUAACAUAGACCAGCAAGAGCGUGAGCGACAGUCUGAGGGAGCCCACAGCACGUCGGAUGAGAAGCGUCCUGUGGGGCAGAAGGCACUUUACUCCACGGCCAUGGAGUCCAUCCAGGGUGGGGCUGCCCGGGGGGAGUCCAUAGACACAGACGACACGAUGGGAGGAAUCCCAGCAGUGAAUGGCAAAGGAGAGCGUCUCCUGCUACAUGUAGGAAUAAUAGAUAUCCUUCAAUCAUACAGGUUCAUCAAGAAGCUAGAACAUACCUGGAAGGCCCUUGUCCAUGAUGGGGACACAGUGUCAGUACACAGACCCAGCUUUUAUGCAGAGAGAUUCUUCAAAUUCAUGACCAACACGGUGUUUCGAAAGAAUUCCUCUCUGAAGUCAUCUCCCUCAAAGAAAGGGCGUAGUGCCUUGCUAGCUGUCAAGACAGCCGGUCCAACAGCUGCAUUUUCAGCCAGCCAGCUUCCAUCUGAAAAGGACGAAACACAGUAUGAUCUUCGUGCAGCCAGGAGUUACCCCACACUUGAUGAUGAAGGCAGGCCAGACCUGCUACCCUGCACACCUCCUUCCUUUGAAGAAGCUACCACAGCCUCCAUAGCCACAACACUAUCUUCAACAUCUCUCUCUGUUCCUGAGCGAUCCCCUUCGGAGACCUCCGAGCAGCCCAGGUACAGGAGGCGCACACACUCCUCAGGGCAGGAUGGCAGGUCACACGAGGAGGUGCGGGUUGAGGAGGAGCUUCAGCAGAUCAGUGUCGAGCUGGAGCCCAAGUGUGACGUGGAGAUUGUAGCUCCCGAAGAAGAUGACAAAGAAGAGGCGGCUUCUUCAGCCUGUGCCAUCGUAACAUCCACAGCUACAAUAGAGGUGGAGACAGCCAGCCAGGCCUCCGAACCAGCCAGCCAGGCCUCGGAUGAAGAUGACGUGCCAGUCACAGACAUAUACUUUCCGACAGACGAGAGGAGUUGGGUUUACUCCCCGCUCCACUAUAGCGCUCAACUCCACUCUGUCUCCGAUGAGGAGAGCGAUACAUAAUCUCUAUGCAGACACAGAAGCCCCAGAGAGCAGUGAUUCCCUCUGCAGGUCGAUGUGUUCCCUUUUCGUUGAUGCAGCCGUUCCAGUGGGAUGGGGAAGAGCUUGCUGACACCAGUAUUGCUGCACUGCAGGAUCCCAGGCACUGCAUUUCAGAACGGAGCAAAACUAUAACCGUGUAUUUCUACUUAUCCCAGACAUGGGCAGCAAAGAAACCACCCACUCACCCGCAGCUACCAACGGAGACAUCCAGCUGGGUGUAGAGAAUCCUGGGUAGUAACACAGUGUUUUCCAGACGUGCACUACCGUAGCUACCUAUCCAUGUGUGAUACUGUGAACCUUUUUAAUUUUUUAAUCAUGUAUUUAUUUCUUUUAUCUUUGCACAGAGACAGCACAAAUGUGCUUUUUU